CCCUUUCAUCCCCAGGGGAAGGGAACUCCCACCUCAUUAAACCCCCCAAAACAAGUGAGAGGUGGCUCAGAGUCACCUUCUCCAGACUCUUCAUCCUUCUCCUUCCAGGAGGUGCCUCAGGAACACUUGAGCUCCCUGAAGAAAAGCCGUGAAGAAGCCAAAGCUGAGAGGGAAAAACAGAGCCAAGACUUGCUGAAACAAACAGAAGUGGAGAGGCAGAAGGUGGUGGCUGAGUGUAAGGAGCUCAGGGCUUUCCUGGAGGAGAAGGAGCAGCUUCUCCUCUCUCGUCUGGAGGAACUGGACAGAGACAUCAGCAAGAGGAGGGAUGAAAGUGUCUCUCAGCUCUCUGAGGAGAUUGCUCAGCUUGAGAAGCUGCUGAAGGAGCAAGGAGGAGAAAAUGGAUCAGGAAAGCAGGUUGAGCAGGCUCUUGCACCAACUGGAAGCAGCUUUGAGAGCUGGAUGUUUUGCAAGCCAGAAGCUGGUUUUACAGAGCUGGAGAAGAAACUCAAGAGCUUUUCCCAGAAGAGUGCAGUGCUGAAGGAGGUUUUGCUGGAGUUCAAGGAGAACCUUCGUUUCGAGCUGGAGAACGACACAGGUGACCUCUCCCUGGAUCCUGCCACGGCCAACCCUUACCUGGUUCUGUCCGAGGACAAGAGGAGCGUCCGCCUCCGCAGCGCUCCCCAGGAGCUUCCUCCCAACCCCAAACGCUUCGAUUACUCCUUCUGUGUCCUGGCAGCCGAAGGUUUUGUUGCUGGGAGACAUUACUGGGAGGUUGAAGUGGGGGAUGGGGAGAGCUGGGUCUUGGGAGCCGCCCGCGAGUCCGUUCGGAGGAAGGAGAAAAUCGAUUUCGCUCCAGAGGAAGGGAUUUGGGCCGUUGGGUUAAACUGGAAAGGGAAGAAUUGGGAUCAGUAUCAAGCUUUUACUUCACCUGAGACUCCUCUGUCUCUGUGUGAGAGGCCAAGGAAGAUUGGGGUGUACCUGGACUACGAAGGGGGGUGGGUGGCCUUCUAUAACGCCGACAACAUGGCGCCCAUCUUCACCUUCACCGCCGCCUUCACCGAGAAAAUCUUCCCCUUCUUCUGGCUCUUCUACGUCGGCUCCUCGCUCUCCCUCUGCAAUUAAACCCCUUUUUCCCUCCCCUUUCAAGUUUUUCACCCCUCCUGAGGUCACCUACAAGUAGUAGCCACCCCCCAACCCCAUUUUUCCUCCCUCCCCUUCGCUUUCACGCUGGUUUGUCCCUCAGAGUUGACUCUUGUUAAAAUGGUGGUGGAGGGGUGUUUUUAACCCCCUUCUGUGGCAUCAGAGUGGGAAUCUCAGACUCAGGGGGUUAUUCCCUCUCCCCACACCUCUUAUUUUGGGGCAAACAGGGAUAAAAAGAGGCUGAAAAAGGUGGGGGGGAGGUUCAUUUCCUUAAUGGUCUCACCUCCAUUUUGAGCUGUGGCCAGAUCCCCCUGAGGAAGCUCUUGAGGGUUUAACCCCCACACACACUGUAUGAGGAGGAGAGACCCCAAACCUUUAACACCAUGGUGGGGGGUCACCUUUGAGCUUCUCCCCCCUCCCAUCCCCCUCAUUUUCCUCCCCAGCCCCUCAUUUUAGCUGCUGUUGAGAGAGCAAAAACCCUCCCCCCCCUUGCCCUCACCAUUUUCCUCCUUGCUAACACCAAGCUGAAGUUGUGGGGAGAGGGGGGAAGAAAUGGGACAUUUUGGGGCUCAUUGAGGAGGUUUUUGUGGCCAGAUUUGUUUUAGGGAUGGGGAAUGGGAUUUGGGGGAGGUGAAGCCUUGUUUUAGGUGUGUUGAUGACUCUCCUGGUGUGAUCCUGCUCUGCUGUUCCCUCCCUUUCACUCUGUUUAGUGGGGAAAUAAAAGUUGCUGUGCAAAACAAAA